AUGGCCGGCGGCGCCUGCAAGGAGGCCAUCAAGCAGUCCUGCCACGCGCUGAAGCCCGGGGCGGGGCGCCUGGCCGCGUGCCUCACGCGCCGGCAGCGGGCGGCGGAGUCUGCGGAGCGAGACGGGGCGGAGGCGCUGGGGCCUGGGCCGCUGCGGGAGGCGGCUCUGGGGGAGGCCUGUGCUAAGGAGCUGGAUGCGUUCAGGGUGGAUGCUGCCACCAACAUCAACAAGAAUGUGCCCCUGGCCAUCGCCUGCAAAAGAGACGUGGAUGUGCGCUGCAAAGACGUGACUCCAGACGACGAGGCGGGAGUGCUGCACUGCCUGCGCAGGCUGCGCCCCCAGCUGAGCGGGCGCUGCCAGGCGCUGGUCGCUGAGCUGGAGGCCGACGCUUCAGACGACUUCCGACUGGAUUACAAGCUGUUCCACGCGUGCGCCGCAGACAAGAGCCGGCUGUGCCCUGAGGCUGGGUUCCGCGGCGGGGAGGUGCAGGAGUGCCUGCGGGGCAAGGAGGGCUCGCUGGACUGGGAGUGCAAGGCGCAGCUGUUCAGGCAGGAGGUGGAGGAAAGCGACGAUUUCUGCGAGGGCAUCGCCCCGGGGGAGUCGUCUGUCAAGGACUGCCUUGAGGACCACCUGUAUGAGGAGGGCUUUGGGGAGGGCUGCCGCGAGCACAUGGAGGGACUGCUGCAGCAGCGCUCUCGCUUCUUCCGCCUCGACUCUGUGCUGCGCAUGCACUGCGGCGAGGACAUCACCCGCCUGUGCGGGCUGGAUGCCUCCCUGUUCACGGCCGUGGAUUUUCUGGGGGCGCCGCUGACGGUCAGCGAGGAGAGCGUGGGCAAGUGCCUGCAGGACAACAGGAACUCGAUCCUUAACGCCACCUGCGCCGCGCGCGUGCGCCGCGUGAUCGCCGCCACCAUGCGUGACCUGGCCUUCAACCACCCCCUGGCCGACGCCUGCCAGGCCGACCGCGCGCGGCUGUGCGGCAAGGUGGCGGCGGGCGCGGCGGGUGUGGUGCGCUGCCUGGCGGCACGCCGCGACGACCUGGCGCCCGCCUGCGCUGCCAUGCUGUUCGACACAGAAGUGUCCAUGGCUGAAUCGAUUGAUUUCAACUGGCCCCUCAAGACGGCAUGCCAGCGGGAGCUGGAGCGGUUUUGCGGCGGCAUGCCGCACGGGCGGGGGCGCGUGAUACGGUGCCUGCAGCUGGCUGUGGAGCAACACAAGGAGGAGGUCAGCGAGCGGUGCAGCGACGAGGUGGCCGCCUACGAGGCCAAGGCGUCCCGCGACUACCGCCUGAAUGCCAGGCUGGCGACCGCCUGCAAGGAAGCUGUGGACCAGUCGUGCCCCAACGUGUGUGGGAAGGAUGCACGCAAGACGGGUUGCGGCGGCAGCAUCCUGCAGUGCCUGCAGGGGCUGGUGUAUGAUGAGGCCAUCGGGGAGGAGUGCCGGGUCGAGCUGCGGUACUACCAGAAGAUGCAAGCAGAGUCCAUUGAGCUGCGCCCGGGGGUGGCGGCGGCGUGCCGCGACGAGCGCGCCGCCCACUGCUCUGCGCUGCGCCCCGGCAAGGGCCGCGUGCUGAACUGCCUGCUGGCAAAGGCCGGGGAGCGCGCCGACUUCUCUCCCGUGUGCCUGGAGGUGCUGGAUGCGCUCCAGGAUCGGCGCCUGCUGGACUGGCGCACAGACUUCCAGCUGCGCGCCGCAUGCGGCGAGGACGUGGGCGCCCACUGCGCUGCUGAGAACGCCACCGCCGACAGCCUGGAUGGCGACGUGUUCCGCUGCCUGGUGGCCGGUGUGGCCCAGCUGUCGGCGGCCUGCUCGGCGCAGGUCAGCCGUGCCGCGCGCACAGCGCUCGACUUUUACAGGCCGGCCAUGCCUGGCAUGGAUGCAUGCGACGUCGACGUCCACACCCUCUGCCCGCACGCCCUGAACGGCCGGGGCCGGUCGGGGCGCACGCCCGUGGGCGCGGUGCGCGCCUGCCUGGCGGCCGAGGCUGAGAAGGAUUGGGAGGUGCUGGACGCGGCGGCGGCUCUGGAAGAGGAGGAGCAGGGGCAGGGGGUGGAGGCAGGGGAGGCGGAGCCAGGCAGCACGGGGCAGGAAGGCGCCAGCGAGGGCAGCGAGGGCGGCGAGGGCAGCGGCGGCGGCGAGGAGGAGCAGGAGGACGGGCAGCGGCGGCGCCAGCUGCUGCAUUCGCUGCGCCACCCCGCCCAGAACCGCCGCCGGGUGCUGGCCGCUGCGGCCGCCCACCUGCGGCACCUGCGCCAGGCCGGCGAGGAGGACGACGAGGCGGCGGGCGGCGGCGCCGACCCGUGGGCCAAAACCGCGGCCGCCGCCGCGGCAAAGGCAGCCCAGGCAGACCCCGUUGCCGGCGCCCUGGGCGAGCAGCAGCCGCGCACCGAGGCGCAGCUGGCGCCCGACUGCCUGGCGUUUCUGGAUUUGGCGGCGCCCGCCAACGCGUACGCCGGCUUCCAGGACUCCCUCACAGCCACCGCCAUGGUUACGCAGCUGGCGACCAUCGAGGCCUCGCUGGGCCUGAAGCAGGGCACACUGCACAACCCCGCCGCCACCGCGGGCCAGGGGGUGCUCACGCUGACGGGCUGGGUGGCGGUGGCGGGCGUGUUUGCGCUCGUCACGCUGGUGAUGGCCCUGGGGGUGGCGCUGGCGCGGCGCUACAGCGGGGCUGGCUCCCACCGGUACACAAUGGUGGUCAAGCAUGACCACCAGCCCGAGCAGGAGCUGGCCCGCCAGGCGCCGUACGACAGCCGCCUGGGCAGGCGGUAG